GGGAAAUGCUCAAAUGCAGCUGUUUGCCAAGUUGGAGGCCAUUGACCUGUGUUCCAUUAACUCCACAUGCUUCAUUUCGCAGCUAUCUUUUCGUUCUCAUAUCUGGUGUGCAAGGCAAUGGCCGCCAAUCAGGUCGAACGACUUAUUAUAUUCGCAGUUAUGUACAUAAUCAUCUUUAGAGGAUUCAGUUGAGAAAAAUGCUUAAGCCAAGAUCUGAGUCUGACCAUUGAGACACUGAUCAGGGGUUGGAGUAAGAGAUUGACUGGGGGUACAGUGUCACGAUUGGCUGAUAUGGAGCGCAUGGGCAGGGG